UUAAAAACACGCGUAGAAUCGCCAAGCGUUCAUUUAGUAUCUACUACUUGUUCAGUUCAAAUCAUGUCGCCGCUCUUACUCGUAAUAAUUACGCUUCUUGUGGCGUAUAAACUAUAUAGAUUCGCUUACGAUAAACCGCCUAAUACACCUCCAGGUAUUAUCAGAAUUCCGAUAGGUGGAUCUUAUUGGAUGUUGUUAUGGGGAAACUACAAAUUCCCCCAUUUGGCCGUCGAUUAUUAUGUGAAGAAACUGAAGUCAAAGAUUAUCAGCUGCUAUUUCGGUGAUGUUUUUAUAAUAAUAGUGAACGAUUACGAAAGCAUAAAAGAAGUGCUCUCAAGGGAAGAAUUCGAUAACCGAGUUACGAAUGCGGAUUUUAUAAAAGAUCGAGCUUUCGGAAAGGAAUUAGGUAUAUUUUUCAUCGAUGGCCCGCAGUGGCAUGAACAGAGGAGAUUCGCUCUCCGUCAUAUGCGCGAUUUUGGAUUCGGUCGACGUCAGGAGAAGCUCGAGAGAGAUAUCAUGGAUGAGAUGACACUAUUUCUCGAUAUCCUAAAGAAUGGACCCAUUUACGAUCAAGAGAAGGAAAUACUGAAGGGCAACUUGGCGCUCUUCCCGGACAUUCUGUACGCGUCGUCGUGCAACAAUAUAUGGAACAUUAUGUUCGGUCACAGAUUUGACAGAAGCGAGCACGAUAUGUGUCGGCUUAUUUGUCGUACGGCUAUGUUGUUCCAAAGGGCAAACGAUACAACCGGCGGUGCCAUUUUCCAGCGACCUUUCUUGAAAUACUUCGGUAAUAUGUUCGGCUACAAAAAUCACAUGAAAUCAAGCAACAUAUUGACAGCUAUAGUCAAGAAAUAUUUGAAGCAUCAAAAAAGCACUAUCAAUGAGAACGAUGAUCGGGGAUUCAUCGAUAGAUAUCUGAAAAAAAUGAACCAAGAUGAUAAGCCGGAUAGUUUUACGGAGGAACAAUUGAUCAUUUUGACAAUUGAUAUGAUGUUUCCCGCUUUAUCUGCGGUACCAACCGUUGUUACUCAUAUUCUCAAGUAUUUGAUGCAUCAUCCCAGAAUUAUGGAAAAAGCACGAAAGGAAAUAGAUGCUGUUGUCGGGACCGGACGACUAGUCACAUGGGAAGAUAGAAAAGAUUUACCCUACUUGGAGGCGAUAAUACGAGAAACCUUGAGAAUCGAAACACUCACGCCUCUCAGCGUAGCUCACAAGAACGUGACGAAAACCACGUUAGGAGGCUACGAGAUACCGGCGAACACGCCAAUUUUCACUAAUUUGGCGGCGAUGCACCACGAUCCCGACAUGUGGGGCGAUCCCGAAGUUUUCAGGCCGGAAAGAUUUCUGAGGGAAGACGGGCAAUUAGCCAAAGAUUUGUCGCUCCCCUUCGGUUUCGGUCAUCGGCUGUGUGCAGGAGAAACUUUUGCCAGAUACGCCAUGUACAGCGCAGUGGCUCUUCUGCUGCAGAACUUUAACUUCUUCUUCGUCGAGGGUGAGCCAUCGAGAAUCGAGGACAAAUUAUCGGGCCUAAUCGUCACUCCCAAAGAGCUGUGGAUACGCUUAGAAUCACGUUAAUUAUUCGUUUUUUUUCCACGAUAAUAAGCAAUCUAAAAUAAGUGAUAGCCACGUCUUGUCCCGCUAUUAGUUAGAUACGCAAUUACAAAUUAUCACGCAAUUACAAAUUAUCACGCAAUACCAAGUAUGACUUGUGAAUACGUACGAUUUAUCUUUAAUUUGAUAACACGAAAGUUUUUAUUGGCAAGAACAUAUGUUCGCGAAAUGAUAAACUGCAUGAAGCACGCAAUUACAUCUUAUCGUUUGCUUUUAGUUACUGAGUAAUUAACUUGUGAAAUCUCAAAUACGCAACAUUUAUUAUUACGAGAUUUAAAAAAAAAAUGACUUGAUUGCGUUAGAAUUGUACGCAAAGAUUAUAAAUUUAACUCAAUGAGUUUUUAUUAAAAAUAAUUAUUGUGCACUAAGAAUUACAAUAAAAUUUAUUUUUUUUUUUUCGGGUUUUAUACACAAUACGUACGUCACUCUUUUCGAGUGGAAGCAGAGGAAAAUAAACAAUUAUGAUUUUAUUUUUAACAAUAGUUUAUAUAAAUGCUAUAUGUGUACCAUAAAGAUUUAUCGUGUCACGAACAGUGAUCGUGGCGUCACUUUUAUAAAUGUGUUAUUACCUGAGAAACACAAAAAUGCGAACAUUUCUUAAGAAAA